GAUGCCUUGGUAUUUGCCUGCCCGCGCAACUCAUUUUGCAUUACGAGGAGAGAGAGAGAGAAGGGAAUAAGGAAUUUAAGAGAGAGAGAGGGAAGCGAAAUUUUACAGUAAUUCUUGGCGCCAUGGAUUCGGAUUGCUCCACUGCUCCUCCAUCCUCUUCUUCUUCUUCUUCUUCCUCUUCCUCUUCUUUGACUUCAUCUUCUUUUUCUAUCUCCACUUCGAUGAGUAAUGGUUUUCCCUCAAUUGCCGUGCCUCUGGCGAAGCUUCUUCUUGCAACUCUCACGGGCAUGUUCGUUUUAGGGGGUUUCUUUGUGGGAGCAGUCACCGGAGCUUUUGGAAGCAAAGCGAGCGAAAGUGGGUUGCUUCACAGAGCAGGAAUUGGAGCGAUUUCGGGAGCUGUGCUCUCUAUACAAAUCUUUGAUGCUUCUUUGGCUCGCUGGUAUUCUGGCUCCAGUCUCUUCCAGAAUUUGUUGUUGACGGCGGAUUCCAUGAAAAGCCUAUUCGAUGGACGGCUUGUGAGGGAACACGAGCUGUUGAGCGCAAUACAAUGGCAGAUUGAUGUUGCAGAGAGUGGGGGUUACGAAGAGGUGCAUGACAUGUUUGAGGUAUGGGGAACCAAAGGCAUGCCUUCUCAUAGGAUUGAGCAGCUUCCAACACUAGAGCUUACAUCUCUCAACAUUUCCGAUGCGUCAGAUCACCAAAUCUGCUGUACAAUUUGCCUACAGGACCACCAAGUUGGGGAAACGGCAAGAAGGUUACCUAAUUGUGGGCAUAUGUUUCACAUGGGUUGUAUUGAUGAAUGGCUCAUUAGGCAUAGCUCUUGUCCUUUGUGCAGACUUGAUCUGUAACAUUUUUCCCAGAGUAGUCUUUACCAGCAGUACCACUUAAUAUGAGCAAUUCUUGGGCCCUAUGUCUCAUUGUCUAUUUGUAUUGAUUUUUUUCCGUGUAUAUAGAUCUUCAUUUUUUCUAGUUGUUUUAUGCUGUAAAAUAAUACUUUGAUGUGAUCAUUAUUGUAAGAUAUAUUCAUUUUUUUCUAGUUGUUUUAUGCUGUAAAAUAAUACUUUGAUGUGAUCAUUAUUGUAAGAUAUAUUCAUUUUUUUCUAGUUGUUUUAUGCUGUAAAAUAAUACUUUGAUGUGAUCAUUAUUAUAAGAUUUGGACU